UGUGCACUUUUCUCUACUACUAUUGUGCAUACUACAGUGCUCGAAUAUUUUUAUGUACAAAUCCCAAUAUGAUAUUGUGUAUUACACUGGAUAUUAUUGUACACCUAUCAACUUUUAUUAAUUUACAGAUUUAAUCUUAAAUUAUCAAACAGAACUGAUGACAAUCUCUGCAUAAAAAUACCAGUAAAAUCGACGGGCAAUAGCACUCGCAAGAAUAUCAAGGCAAAGAAAACGUUAUUUCCUCCCUCUCUGAGUCUCCCUCGCGCGAUCUCAGCCACUGUUGUUGAUUUAUUCGGCGUUCGCCGCCCGCUUUCGCGUUAGUUGGAUUUAAAAAAAGUCUGGAGGUACAAAUGGAAUCGAGUGGAGGGAAAAAAGAAGACAAUGACAACAGCUCCACGCAGCCAUCGGCCAUCUUGGACGAAGAUAAUGAACGCGUAGCCCUCGAUCUCAAGGCUGGCCUCCACCCCCUCAAAGUAGAAGGUUUUUGGGUAUGUUAUUGUCACUUGGCCCGUCCCUCCACAUUGCCAAGCCCAACCGAUUUGCAUUUAUUCAAGGACGGUAUUCGUCCACUGUGGGAGGAUUCUGCUAACUGCAAUGGCGGGAAAUGGAUUAUUAGAUUUAAAAAGGCCGUCUCUGGCCGUUUUUGGGAAGACCUGGUGGAUAAUGAAAAGUGUGAAUACAGUGUUGUUACCAUUUUGUCUCCUGCUAGGCAUGCAGUCCUAGCAUUAAUUGGGAAUCAACUUGAAUAUGGUGAUAACAUAUGUGGUGCAGUACUAAGCAUCCGUUUUAACGAGGAUAUAUUGAGCGUUUGGAACCGCAAUGCAUCUGAUAAACAGGCCGUGAUGGGGCUGAGGGAUUCUAUAAAGCGUCAUUUGAAGCUUCCCAACAGCUAUGUGAUGGAAUACAAGGCGCACGAUGCUUCAUUACGCGACAAUUCCUCUUAUCGCAACACUUGGCUGAGAGGGUAGAAACAAGACAUCGUUUCUUGACCACAAUCCAAACGGUUUCAUUUGGUCAUUAAAUGUUGUGAUAAAAUUCACAGUUUAAUGUAAUAAUCUUAUUCAUCACUUGAAACUUUUUUCACCUUUGUAGCUCUUUUGGCGAUACAUUUUGUAUGUUCAUUCAUUAUGUACUCUGCUAUGAAUUGCAUCUAUCCUAGGGUUCGGAAGAUGGGUUUAAAAUGGUACCAGUUAGUAUUUUGUGGAAUCAUUUCACUAACACCACUCUACAUAAGGAAAUAUAUGGCUGAUGAUAUAUUCC